CCCUUCCUCUCUCCUAUUCCACUUUCACGGGAAACCUAGAUCUCCUAGCCGGAACCCUAAUUCUUCCCAUGGCCGCCACUCUCCUCCUCCUAUCGGUCCCAUUCUUCUCUCUAUCCGCCAUCGCCGUCGCCCUGGCCUUCCUCGUCCGGCCCCGGCCUGUCCGGAUCCCCGUCAAGGGGCGGCAUGUCUUCAUCACCGGCGGAUCGAGUGGCAUCGGGCUCGCCCUUGCCCGCCGGGCCGCCGCGGAGGGCGCCCGCGUCUCCAUCCUCGCCCGCAGCGCCGCCCGCCUCAAUGAGGCCCGCGAGGCCAUCCGCCUCGCAACCGGGGACGUCGCUGUCUUCAGCGCCGAUGUCCGCGACGCCGAGGCCGUCGCCCGGGCAGUGGAGGCCGCGGGGCCUAUUGAUUUGCUGGUGUGCAACCACGGCGUGUUCACGCCCCAGGAGCUGGAGCACCAGGACCUCGAGGAUGUGCGGUUCAUGGUGGACGUUAACCUCAUGGGGACUUUUCACCUCAUUAAGGCUGCUCUCCCAGCCAUGAAGCAGAGGGCAAGGGCCACCAAGCUUCCUGCCUCCAUUUCCAUCAUGUCCUCCCAGGCCGGCCAGGUGGGGGUUUAUGGUUACACAGCUUACUCUGCAAGCAAAUUUGCUCUCCGUGGCUUAGGUGAAGCUCUGCAGCAUGAAGUUAUAGGUGACAACAUCCAUGUGUCACUGAUAUUUCCUCCUGAUACAGAGACCCCAGGUUUUGCUGAAGAGCACAAGAGAAGACCAGAGCUCACCAAUAUUAUAGCUGGAUCUUCUGGUGGAAUGAAGGCUGAUGAUGUUGCUCAAAAAGCUAUGGAUGGUAUCAAAACUGGAACAUUUAUUGUUCCAUGCAACUUUGAGGGAACUAUGCUAUCAAUCGCGACAGCUGGUUUGUCCCCACAAAGGUCAUAUCGGAUGGCAUUUGUCGAGGUGUUUGGUGCCGGUUUCAUGCGCUUUAUGGGUCUUUGUUUCCAAUGGAAUUGGUUUAGCACCAUAGAAAAUUGGCAUGCCAAAAAGAAAAGCAUGUAAAAAACAACAAUUUUCAAAAUGUGUCCAACGUUCUGUUGUUUAUAUGCUGUUUUCUUGCAUGUAUUCAAUAAUGACAAUAAAUUGGUUCUUUCCCAAAGUUUCUUGUCUUAUUCAUGACAACAUGAAUGAAAAAUUUUAUGUA